AGUAAGCAGGAAAGAACUAAGGAAAAAAGCUUCAACAAAAGCAGCUUUUUGACCAGCUGUUCUCCUGACGCCGGGAUGUAAAGACAAUGCCGACAACCGGCUGCAAUUCUUCGCAAAUGGCGGUAAGCGGAGCAUCAUGUGGGCAAAAGGAAAGUCCAUUCACAACCCAAAGAGGCAGAGCUGUUCCAGUUCGCUGAGCUGAAAAAUGGGCGCAAGCGCUUCAUUAUCACUCUGUUGUGAAGCAUCUUCCGUGAGAAUCUUAAGGCCCAAUGCCAAGGUUUGCCCGGAACUCCCUCUUGCACAAGUGCCAGUUUCUAAAGUACCUCCGGGGUGUGUGUUUGGAGUAUCUUUGGAAAAACUAAAAGACGAUGGACAGAUGAUCUUUGGAAUACCUUUUGUUUUAAGAGACAUGGUGGAGUUCUUGGAAAAGAGAGGACUGCAUCAAAGGGGUUUGUUUCGCUUGUGUGGGUCUGUGGCACGAACCAGGCAGCUGAGACAGCGGUGGGACCUGGGAGAGAAAGUGGAUCUGGAGCAAGAGGGGGAUGUCCCGACUGUAGCCUCUCUACUCAAGCUCUUUCUGCGGGAACUGCCCACUCCUUUAGUUCCUGAGCCGCAGCGCAAACAGCUGGUUCUGAGCCUAACAGGAUAUGCACAUGAGGCCGAGCUGAACCAAAACCUGAGAGAGAUCCUUUGCCUCCUGCCUGAUUCCUGCCUCAAUAUUCUGUCUUACCUCGUCCACUUUCUGCGCAGAGUGGCGUCCCAGAGUCAUUACAACCACAUGCCUGUGGAAAACUUAGCAACCAUCUUUGGACCUUGUAUAUUUCACGUUCCAGCAGGGCCCAGGAUGCUGGAGGAGCAGAGUGUUUGUAACGCUCUACUGCUCCACCUUCUGAGAAAUUGGGGAGUUCUCCUUACACACAAAGAAGAGGUCUUAACGGCUCCCUCUACUGCUUCUUCCUCUCCUCCACCUCCUCCGAGCCUCUCUGCUCUUUCACAGUUAGAGGUCCAACCCAACAGCUGUGAGUCAGAGCGGAACAGCAUGGGGAGGUUGGAGGAGGAGAUCAAUUCGAUUUCUGAGAACUUUACAUCCGAGCUUACUCUGCAGAUGCAGAUACAACUCAACAGUGGUGACACACUGGUGCCAGCUCGUGAAUCCAGGUCUGACGUCAGCACUGACAUUCAAGCAUUGACUGCAAACCAAGAGCUUCUGCAGGAAGACAGGAUUCUAACAGAUGAAGGCAGCGUGCUGUCUGACCACACCGACCUGGUGCCAGAGGGACAGGCACAAGAUGCACCGCUUCAAAACAUGCAGGGGGGAUAUUUUCAAACAGAGCUUACCAUGCAACGCAGUGGAUCUUUGCAGAAACCCCAGCCUAACACUGAAUCAAAGCUGAAACAAGAGGAAGACAUAGAAAGGAGCUCUGUGUUUGAUACAGACAGCUUUCCUGGGGUUUCUGCCCACACAGGACAGACUUUUCCUAAUUUAGACGGCUGCACAUCGGAUGAAUCACCGAGCAAAGUCCAAAAUCAGAGUCAGCUUACAGAGUGCCUACCGCACAUCAAAUACAAGACAGGAGAUGAAGGGGCCAUGUCUCACUACAAGAGGAGCAAAGGAGAAAGAUGUCGUGCUAUCUCUGACACGCAUAAUGAUUGCAGAGGCACCAACAUCAGCGAUGACAGUCCUUCCCUUAAGCUCCAAGCCCUGGAGGCUGACUCAAGACCCUCAUCAGACUCAUUAGAGCCCCAAGCUCAGGAUGAUACGCCUGCUUGGAAGCAGCCUCUUUCCUCUGGAGCGCAACAUUCGAUGCAAACGCUGCCUUUGUCACCGUCUCAGCAUCAGCAAACAGUUGGUUCAUCACAAGCAGAGUCCAGCUCCAUUCCUUCCCCUGCCACUAUUUCAGAAGGACAUCCAGGAGAGGACAGCUUGUCGAAUCCACUGCACUCAACUGAACUGAACUCCAGCCUGCUGUUAUCUCGUUUCACUCCUGGUGAUUGCCCGGUUCCCUCGCCGCGCUGUCCGAGUCUCAGCCACAGCCUACGCUACAACCUGGACCCUGAGACAGCACCGUCACCACCCUGCUCACAGCACAUACGCAUGGCUCGCUGCAGUUUCCCUGCAGAGCAAGAAGAAAAUUCUGUGUCCAUCUCAUUGCUUAACAGACACAUUCAUACUCUCAGAAAGAAGAUCCGGCGAUUUGAGGAGCAUUUUGAACAGGAGAGGCAUUACAAGCCAGCCCAAAAUGAUAAGACCUCUCAUCCAGAAAUGGCCAAACUGAUGAAGGAGCUCAUCAGGAGCCGCAAGCAGCUGAAAGAAAUAAAGCUGAAACAAUCAGAAGAGUCAGGAGUGAAGGGAACCAGAGGAAUCAGUCCUGCUGCUCAAACCUACAGGACUAAUAUGGACCAGUGGGAGGCAGGGCCAACAGGAACUGAACUUCAACCAAUCAACAAUAACGGCAACACCAAAGCAAAGGUGGAGGAGACGGUCAACCUGAUAACGAACCGACUGAGGGAAAGAAGAAGCGAACUGGGUUUACCUGACAGCCUUAAGCAGGAGAUGUCCCAUUACCAGAUGAGCAUGGAGAAGACCAGCAUGCAGAAGUGUUUGCUGUACUUUGAGGGUCUGCACGGACGUCCAACCACCAAGCAGGAGCGGACUCUGAUGAAACCUUUCUACGAUCGCUACCGCCUGCUGAAGCAGCUCCUGUCUUCUGUGUCCACAGCUUCCAUUACAACCAUCGAAGAAGAGGAGGAUUCUGACGAAGAGCACUUCAAAGAGCAGAGUCCCAGCCAGCAGCCACUCUGGUUAAAAACAUCCAGGUUUAUGUCUUUAGAAGAAACCCAGUUUCCAUCUUCUGUGGACAUGUCUGAAACACCUGUGGUGUCACCACUGGAUGAGGGGAAAAGUUUCCAGGCGCAGAUCAUCACUAUUUCAACUCUACAUGAAGCCUCCAGACAAGAAUUGCUGGAUCAUCUCCGGUCGGUUCGAUUAGAGAAGAGAAGACUUCAUCAAACCCUCCAAGAGUUUGAAGACCGAUUCUAUGCACAGACUGGCAGGGUCUGUCAGAAGGAGGACCGUGGACCAAUGGCGGAGGAGUACUGCCAGUACAAGAACCUCAAGGCGAAGCUCCGUCUACUGGAGGCUCUGCUCAGUAAACAAGACUCAACCAAAUCAAGUUGAGUUACUCACAGUGGGACUUUUUUUUUAUUCAGCUCAAAACAACUGGAUCAAAAAAAAGAAAAAAAGAAAAAAGAAAAAGUAUUAUGCUGAUGGGUUUUGUUUCAUUCCAUGCUCAUAAUGUAAAUAGACUUUCACAUGAGGAAAAAUGAAAUACCAAAUGACUCUUUGACACUGAAUGAAUACUGGGUCCAGAUAUUUUUGUCCAUAUCAUUCAGGACACUUUUUUUUUACCCUGUCAUAGCCAUUUAGCACAGUUACCAUGUCAACAAUGAAGCAGCCUUAGCUACAUUCAACUAAUUUAUGAAUACAUCAUGCUCACUCCCUGUCUUUAAUACCAACGUUCCUUUUCUAAUGGUCAAUAUGUUAACUGCAUUUGUCAAGUCCUGUUUUAUGAAAAAAAAAUAA